CCCCCCGGCUCCGGCCAAGGCGGCCCUGGAGAGGGGCGAGGAGGAACUUGGAAGACUUGGCCACAUUCCGUCCCCGGCUCGCUCCGAAGGUUAACGCGGAGAGUCGGAUGGAGAGGUGGAAAAACGUCCGCCCGACGCUUCGUGCCUUGUUCCCCCGACGCCCGCGGCCACAACGAGAGGCGGGAGGCCAGGCGAGGCAGGACAAGCCGCUGCUUCCCCAGCCUGGCCCGGCUGCAUCGGGCGGCUGGGCUUCCCUGCGGGGGAACGGCCGAUGAGUCCCAUAGCGGCGCCCCCCCCCCGCCCGGUACAGCCCAGGGUCACUCCGCCCAGCCUGCCCGACAGGGAGGCGCGCCGGGCCGGAACGCUGGCCAGUCAUGCACAGCGGUUGGGGGCUCAGCCCGGCCCGAGUGCGAGAGCCGAGCGAAGCCUCCCGUGCUUUAAGGGACCUGGUGGUUUGCCUGCAAGGUGUGAACUGGGCUUCUCCCAGGGAGGGGCGGAAGGAGGCGCCGGGGGAGCCCCACAGCCAAACCCGGCCUGGCCGCCUCCAGCGGAGUCUCCCUCGGGGAACAGCCGCGUGAUUGAACGCCCCCGGCCGCCUCGCCGCCCUUCCGCGGCUUCCCCAGUGCAGACGGCCGCCUGUCCGGCUCCCCGCCCCGCGCCUCCAGCCACGGGAGAGGGAGGUGCCCCAGCAGAAAGGCCGGCUGAGGAGGGGGCUUCCCCAGCCAGGCUCGCCCGCCACCUUAUCUGCCGUCUUGGCCACGCCGGCAGCUGCCUUGCCAGGGCGGCGUCUGGGGGAGCCGCACUCUCGGGACUCGGAGCCCAUCGGGCCGCGCGCCAAACCCUCCCGGCUGACGGGCGGGGCUCCAGACGGCGAGCGCCCGCCGCGGGGUCGCGCUUCCCUUGCUGCGCAGCUUGGACGGGAGGGCCGGACGGCGCCGGGCUGGCUGGGACCCGCGGGGCGGGCAGAGCGGACCCGGGCGGCGGGGCGUUGCUUCCCUCGGCCGGCAUCGGCUCUGGAGGCCGGCGGAGGCAAAGCAGCCCGGCCCCCGCCCGCUGACCCCCGAUGCAGGAAGCGGAAGACCCCCGCCCGGCGCCCUCUCCUCCAUCCGGGCUCGCGCCGCGCCCUUCCCCGGCGGACGCCAGCUCCUCGCUCUCGGCUGGCUGCGCGGCGGCGGCUCUCCGGUUCAGAUUUUGGUUGAGCGCUUGCCAGAAGUAUAUUGAAGAGAGCAGCGCAAGGAAGUGCCAUCCUGUAGCUCCAUGUCUGGCAGAUGCCACGCGAGGGAAGAUGCUGCUGCACUGACUGGGCAUUACCUGUGCCACUCAGAGGUGGGCGCCACGGGCCAAGGGUGCAUAGAGAGCCUGGCCCAGCCAGGAGACCUCACUCUGUGGCAGUGCUGCAGAUGCGCUGCCCCCUCGUCAGCCCUGGGAAGCAGAGGGAGGAGGCGAGGUGUACCCAUGGGGAAGGGCAGCAGCUCUCCACGUCCCAGCUGGGGGCCUCAAGGAGGCGGCUUCUUAAGCCCAAGGAUGUCGGCAACGUGGCUCUGAUAGUGGCUGCUCUCCCUCCCUCUGCGCAAGACCCAGCAUCCUGAAGCUAGGAAGAAAAGGCAGAGGCCCCCAGUCGUCGUCACCCCCCCCCCCCCGAGUCACAGCAAUCUCCAAAAGAAAAGGGUCUUCUCUGGACAGAGACAUUUUCAAAACAAGUUUUAUAAGAACUCAAAAUGGCCAGGAGCCCCUGGGAGUUUUUCUUCUGCAGUUAAAGGUCUGAUUCCUGAAGGCAGAGGGUCUCAUGUGCUGGGUCCAUCUCUGGUCUGGCUGUGGGACCUUCAUGAGACUGAAGGGAUAGUCCAGUCAAGUCCAACUCUUGGUCAGCCCUGCUCCCCCCUCCCCUUUUCCAUUGGCGGCAGCUGUGUGGAGGGGGCCUUCUCCUUGGAGCCCACCAUGAAGUUUUCCUUGCGCUUCUGGUUCCUCUCCACGGCAUUCCUGCUUGUCUUCAUCAUGUCACUGCUCUUCACCUAUUCGCACCACAGCAUGGCCUAUCUGGACCUCGGAGGGCUGAAUGGGCUCCACCGGGUGAAACUGGUGCCCAAUUACGCUGGCAUGCAGCGCCUGAGCAAGGAGGGGCUCUUGGUGAAGAGCUGUGCCUGCCACCGGUGUGCCAUGGAGUCCAGCGACACCGCCUGGUUUGACAGCCGCUUUGAUGGCAACAUCUCCCCGGUGUGGACCAAAGAGAACAUGGACUUGCCUCUGGAGGUCCAGAGGUGGUGGAUGAUGUUGCAGCCCCAGUUCAAGUCCCACAGCCUUCACGAAGUGUUGGACAAGCUCUUCCAGAUUGUUCCGGGAGAGGAUCCGUACAGGUGCCGGGAAUCCCCGUCCUGCCGGCGCUGUGCUGUCGUGGGCAACUCAGGGAACUUGCGAGGCUCCGGUUACGGCCAAGACAUCAAUAGACACGACUUCGUUAUGAGAAUGAACCAGGCACCUACAGUGGGCUUUGAGGCAGACGUUGGCAGCAGGACAACCCAUCAUUUCAUGUACCCUGAGAGUGCCAGGAACUUGCCUGCCAACGUCAGCUUUGUCCUGGUGCCCUUCAAAGCCUUGGACCUGCUGUGGAUCGCCAGCGCCCUCUCCACAGGCCAGAUCCGGUUCACUUAUGCACCGGUGAAGCCAUUCCUCCGGGUGGACAAAGAGAGGGUUCAGAUCUACAAUCCAGCAUUCUUCAAAUACAUCCAUGACCGGUGGACGGAGCAUCAUGGCCGCUAUCCCUCCACAGGCAUGCUGGUGCUCUUUUUCGCCCUGCAUGUUUGCGAUGAGGUCAACGUCUUCGGGUUCGGGGCAGACGGCCAUGGCAACUGGCACCACUACUGGGAGAACAACCGCUACGCUGGAGAGUUCCGGAAGACUGGAGUGCACGAUGCAGACUUUGAGGCCCACAUUGUGGACAUCCUGGAAAAGGCUAACAAGAUCAGUGUUUAUCGUGGCCACUGAGGUUUCCAGCUGCUGCCGGGCAGCCUGGCUGUCAGUGGCUGGGUGAGGAGGGACGGUUCUUCUGCACCCGAUGCACCAUUUGGCGUCCUUUUUGAAGAGGAUGAAGAGGAAAUGAGGAGCUGAGGGAGGGAAGGACACCAAAGCCACCGAGGAGGCUCCAGUGAAGCAGAUUCAGGCAGAGAGUAGCUCAACUCCUACUCCUCCCUGAGAACAAACCAAGGAGAUGCAGGAGCCUCUGUAGCCCCUGAGCCAGGGAAGGAGAGAAGAGCCACACAGUGGUCAUUCAGGCUCCUCCUCCUCUUGCUUCUGCCCAAGCCUGACUCUGCGACUCCCUUUUGCCUCCACCAAGCCCCACGAGGGGCACAUCGGACUCUUUUUUUUAAAUUAAGCUUUUCUUCAGUACAUGAGAGCAGCUUCCUACCUUUGCCCCAGGAAGUGAUUUUUCUUUUUCUUUUCUAUACAAUUAGAUGCCAGGCUGGAUUGCAUUUUUGCCCCAGACACGUAAACUCAUGUAGAAACCUUGGAGGAGAAGCCAGGAGGAGCCUGCAGCUUUCCUGGAGAUGGUGAACAUUGACUCAGGGCCUGGUGUGCUUGCAACGAGGGUGGAUGCUCUUGUUCCCAGAGCAUCCCAGAAGUCCUGCCGAAGCUCUCAGAUUUUGCAGGCUGUGACUUGGACUCUUCAUUUCUGUCCUGCCCUCCAAUGCGGCAAGAUUUCACCCCUUGGCCUGGAGGUUCCUGGCCACCCAGGCCUCCUUCCUCCCUCUCUCUCCGCUCGACAUAUUUCCAGUCCCAUGUUCUGUUCAUGGCAGGGAUGCAAGGAAGGGCUGCCCUUCAGAUCUUUGGGGCAGAGGGCUCUGUCUCCGGGUUACAGCCUUUCUCCAGGGGAAGAAGGAAGGGGUGGUUGACAAACGGGUCCAAUCGAGUCAGAAUCCCCAGGCCUUUCAGCAUGAAAUCCACAAGCGAUUAACAUUUUUUAGCUCACUUUCUGCAAAGAGCUAGCAGUUUUAGGCCUGCCUUCACCUUGUUAGCCAAGGGGAGGGCUUCAGGGUGUGGUAUUCCUGCCUGCUCUCCUUCACUGAGAGCAAGAGAAGGGGUUCCCAAGUCAGCCCAGCUUCCUUCUCUUGCCCUGAGUGCAAGAAACAGGGGGCUUCCCAGUUGUUUUGGCCAUUAAGGUCUUGGAGACAAAUGGCAAAAUCAAGUUGCCCAUAAGCGGUUUUCUUCAAAAGGACAAUCCCAGCAAAUGAUCACUGUUUUCGUUCUUGAAAUAAUUGAAUUCCAGAGCAUGAAGGAGCUGUGGCAAUGGUGGCUUUUCGUUACGAGUAUAACUAAGAAUAUUUCCCCAAGAUGUUCUUGAAGCACUAAAAAAUAAGAAAUGGUAGCAAUGGUGGAUCUAUAAACCAGCCCUGGCCUUGGCGGGUCAGUCGCUUCUGGCUGACACCAGGGCAGCUUUCUAUGGUCAUAUGGAAGUGGAGGGUACCCUCCCCAAUGGUGCUGGGUCACCCUUGUGCUUCUGGGACAGCAUCAAAUCUUAUUGUCACCCCCCCUCCCCUCCGCCCCACUGCAACUGGAUUGCAGUUUCCCUUUGGUGAGCCUUGCGACGCCCCUCGGAACUCUAGCUUGGUGCCCUGAGAUGCAGAUACCUGCAAUCAAGGAGCUGGCAGGUUCAAGUGUGCCCAGGAUCCUGGACCUUUUGGCCUUCUCUCAACCAUUGUUUCUCCACAAAAGAGGUUGGGGGAAGGUCCCACAGUCAGCUGACCUUCCCCCAACCUCUUUUGUGGAGAAACAAUGGGAAACCGCAAUCCAGGUACAGUAGGUGUGAGGGGGGGAGGGGGGUGCCAGUGUCAUCAGGACUGACCUAGAGUUUGCUUUAAUUCUACGAACAAGGAUUGUGUGGCCUUGAGCUCUUUCCCCCUUGGUCCCUGCAAUUGAGGUACCAGCUGGAAGUAUGGGCAUGGUGCUCCCUGGGCUUUGGGGCUCCAGGAUGGGAGCUGCAGCCUUCUUCCCACCUCAAUUGCAAUUGCAACGCCUCCAGUUCACAUGGGCACUUUUCCAGGGGGCUUCCUUAGUGAACUGUUGAUAGCUCUUCACACAUCUUUAUCCCACUGUCCCUGGAUGGCAUGGCAUGGCAUGGCAUGGACUGAUAGGAGGGCUGGCUAAUCCCAGGAGCUUCUGCAUCUGGCAGAAUGGCUGCCUGGCUGCACUGAAACUGCCAUUAUUUCUUGGGCUGGGCCCGCAGCCGGUGUCAGAGUGAGGGGAGGGAGAUCUUCUGGUCCCUGAUGGUCCAGCUUAGGCUUCUUCCUGUCCCAGGACAGACCUGGCCAAAUCAGUGGCUGCUUCAGCUCCCAGCGGUUGGGAGCGGUCAUUGCCCAAUUCUUGCAAAUCUUACAGGCUCAGGAGGUCCUUCAGCCAAAGGGUUUGUUUUCCUUCCUGCCUUGGAAAGCUGCCUCUGCUCCAAAACAGUGAUGCUGCCCCUCCUUUUGUGUUUUUUUAAUUUCACAGGCUAGUUUGGAAGAAUGGGAUUUGUUUUAUGUUCUGCUACACAAAAUAAAACCUGUACCUUUUC